GGAAACUUAACGUGCACAGCAAAGGCUUCCAAGACUGCAAGACUUUUUGACAUCUCACUGAGGAGGUCUUAAAACCUGAAAAUGAGACACUGUCUGGCUGCUUCUUUUAAAUGGAACCUGUUCACAGCCCUUGCAUUGAUCAUUAUAACAGCACAAGCUUUACCCAAGACUGAGAUUAAACUCAGUCAAGCUUUCACAGACGUCACCCAGCCGUACGCCUGUCCUCUGUUCUGGACCGAGUCUAGCGGGAACUGCUACAGGUUCUUCCCCAUAAAUAAAACAUGGGCUGAAGCGGACUUUUAUUGCGCUGAGUUCUCACUCGGCAGGACUACUGCCAAAUUAGUUUCUAUCCACAGCUGGGAAGAAAAUGUUUUUGUGUUUGAUCUUGUGAACAGCCAAGUCCCGGGAAUACCCACUGAUAUCUGGAUAGGAUUAAGUGACAGAAGGCAGGAAGGUGAGUUUGAGUGGACAGAUGGCACUCUGCAUGACUACAGUUACUGGGAUGGAAAUCAACCAGAUGAUGCCAGCAACAGUUCUCCAGAAGAUGAGGACUGUGUACAGAUAUGGUACAGAUACUACAGCGCCUUACGUUCCUGGAAUGACAACAGCUGCAAACGUGAAUUUCCUUUUGUCUGCAAGAUCCCUUCUGUGACUUAUAUGUGACGUCUUAGCUCACAGUCUGAUUCCGAAGAAAUUUCUACAAAUGUUUACUCUGGGAAAUUGUACAUAAUAUAACAUUCACUGACUGAAGAGAAGUCAAUACAGAAUCUAUCUACUGUCCGACAGAAAUUCACAUCACAGGAGAAAGUCAAUACCACAAAGACACUAACAAAUAUACUAUAUAUCAGAAGAUGUGCCAUAGGUCUUGUGAUGUAACGUUCCAUGUCUAUGCAGACAUGAAAGCCAUGACACGU